GCUGCAGAACGCGGAAAUAAGAAAACACCAGGCUGUGGUAGUUUUUUAAAUUAUAUUCAUCUAGGAUGCUGGCUACAUUUUCUCUCCGAUUAAUCUAGGUUGAUUCAUCUAUUAUAAACGUAUAUUUGUUUUGAACCAGGCUAGCUACCGAAGGAAAGUGCGGAAAUGUCAAGUCAGAAGGAAUUGAAGGAGGCGUUCGUCAGCAAUCUGAAUGGGACCAGCCUUGGGGAAGUUGCCCUGGGCUCCUUUCUGGCCCCACUGUGCCUAAUCAGCAGAGGACUGUUUCUGAUUCUAUACCAUCUGGGCAGGGGGGUGCUCCCCCUCCCCUGGAUCGCCCACCUCGUCCUGGACUUCUCCAUGAUCAUACUACCCCUGGUCUUAUCAUGCACCGUUCUGAGUGACYUCCUUCACCUAGUCAUCCUUGGCCUGGCGGUUGUGUCUGGGGCUGUGCUAUGCUAUAUCUACCGUACCAAAAGGGCAACCAGGCCCAGGGCAACUUCUAUGGACACUGUUGCCAAGAGCUUCUUCCAGAGCCAUGUUCAGUGCGACCAGGUCCCCUUUGUGACUAUCUUUCGAGUCCUGGUCAAUGUGAAAACGGCCAUUAGCAUUCUAGCUGUGGACUUCAGCGUGUUCCCAAGACGCUAUGCCAAAACAGAAACCUACGGAACAGGGGUUAUGGACUUUGGUGUUGGUGCCUAUGUCCUCGCCAACGCCCUCGUCUGCCCAGAGGCACGGAGGAAGGAAGUCUCAGGAUCCAAGUUAAGCCAAGUGGUUAAACAGCUGGUGUCUGUCUGGCCCCUGGUCAUUCUAGGCUUGGCCAGGUUGGUGAGUGUCAAAAUGUCUGGUUACCACGAGCACGUGUCAGAGUAUGGUGUGCACUGGAAUUUCUUCUUCACCCUAGCCAUAGUCAGAGUGGUGGCCUCUGUGCUCUUGGCUCUGUUCCCUGUCAACAGGUCAUGGCUCCUGGCCCUUCUGAUUGGAGGACUUUACCAAGUGACCCUGGAGAUGUCUGGACUGAAGUAUUCCAUCAUCCACAACAAUGACAGAACGGGAGGCUUUCUGCAAGCCAACAUGGAGGGGGUUUCAUCUGUUGUGGGCUACAUAGCCAUCUAUAUGGCAGGGGUCCAGAUUGGACUGUAUGUAAUGCGACCAAGGACACAGGUCAAAGAGUGGAUCAGAGUGAUUUGGAAUCUCUUAUUGGGAAGUGCUGUGCUGUAUACUGCCUUGAUCCUAUGUCAGGCCUCUGUUGAGCCAGUGUCUCGCAGGAUGGCCAAUCUCCCAUUCUGCCUCUGGACUAUUGCCCAGUCAAUGUUUUUCUUGUCCUGUUUAGCAACUGCUGAUGUUAUUUUGUUUUUUAUGAAAACGGUAUCAGGUUGCGUAUUGGUGUCGUCUUCCUGGUAUCCUUGUAGAAAGGAAGCUUCUGUAUCCGAGGAGAAAAUGGAGAAGAAAGUUGAGGGACUUUGUCUCAUUCAAGCUGUGAACCGUAAUCAAUUGUUGUUUUUCAUGCUUGCCAAUUUACUGACUGGAAUCACAAAUGUGCUAGUAGAUACAUUCAACAGUAGUGAUUACAUUUCUGUGUGUGUUUUGCUGUCAUACAUGUUCAUAAAUAGUUUUGCAAUAUACAUUUUACAUCUCAUGAAAAUCACAGUAAAAUUCUGGUAAGCACAGUGCCAUUCUCGUUACAAUGUCUGCCUGUUCUUCUUAUUUUAAAUAAGUCAUAAAGACUUAUUCCAAUAAACUGUAGUGUUUUAUUACAUUGUUUUCAUAUAUUAUAGUUGGUGUUAAAGGUCCUGAACAGUCAUUCUGAUUCCCAUGUAAAUUAGCCUUUUGAGUAACUAAAAUAUUCUAUUUUUUUAGAAAUGCUCAAAUUUUUUGAAAAAGUAAAUUUCUCUCUCAUGUCUAAKUACCAGGAAGUUAGAAAAUACAGGCUGAGUGGGCAGGGAUCUUAUAUUCAUGAGCUCGCCUUGACAGACAGCUCUUUGAAACGCCUAUGUCAAGCAACGUGGACGCAGUGUUGCAGUAAAAUAAUCUUAAACUAAUUUGGUGAAACACAAAACAAUUCAAACAUCAGUAACCACGUUUUUAUGUGGGUAAAGUCAUACCGUAUUAAGAGAAUCAUGACAGCUGUGAUGGGAAAACUGGUAGUUUCAGCACAAUUUUUGUAAAUGCCGACAGAAUUUGUUCGUUCGACAUGGUGGGAUCUUUUUGUGUCUGUAAAAUUAAUUAUGCGAGAAAUGGUGGUGGAAAUGCCUUUAUGCGCAAAAAUAUCAAAGUAAACUUGGAGUCACUCGAUAUGUUGUGUGGUCCGCCCACUAUGACUCCGGGAAACCGUGCAGUUUAUUAGGCUACAGUUUAKAUAAGUUAUGAUGGAACUUCACAGGGUGGUGAAUGUGCACGUUGAUAGACUUGAUGCUCCUUUCCAAUAAAUAUCGAGGGUCUUAUUCUGAUGACAUGAUGAUCGAUGCUUGGCUGCUGUUAAACAAAUACUCUUUUGUCCAUGAUAAUCUCAUCAUGUAGGCUAWACCCACACUGUAUCUGCCAGCUGUUGGCUAGAGCGCACAUGCCAAGACCAGUGGGCACAAUCCCUAAUUUAACGCAAAAUGUUUUGUGACAAUACCUUCAGUAGAGUUGAAAAUGUGAUGGGAACCCAUUUAGCUUGUAUUUUUGAUUUGGUACAUGGGAAUUGAACAGCAAAASUAAUUUUGCAGACCUAGCUAGACAGUAAUGAGCUAACWCCAGACACAGAUGAAGACCUAGCUAGCCAGUAACUAGCUAACACCAGUAUCUUCGCCAUAGACGAAUAGUAUAAACCACGCCUUCUCCGAUGUUGGUUACAAGGCGGGUCCCUAUUUAAGAGAAUAUCAUGUUACCAUUGGUGUAUUAAAAUUAGAAUUAGGGUGAUUUCAACCUAUCUCCUUAAUAAUCCCGCCUCCUGAAUCCUAGUGUUUUACAUGGGGGAGGGGACCAGUAACUUAAUGAUCCAACUUUAUCAACGUAGAAGCAACAGUAAUUUUUCAUAAUUUGGUCAUCAAUACUUUGAUCUGGUUUCAUCCAAAUAUCAUCACAUUMCAUGAAAAACAUGAUUUUGACUGUUCAUGACCUUUAAAGCAAAAGUUGCCAUUUUAAAUAUUAUGCAAAUAUGUUGUACAAAUAUGAUCUCUUAAUAAUAAACUGCUUUCAAAUGU